UUCACCCUUGAUUUAUUCUCCAUCUCCGUUUCUUCCACUGCCCCAAAAUCAUUACCCACAAUUGCCUAACCAUGUUCUUCUUUCUUCUCUUCUCCUCUCUGGGGAUUCUCCUUUUCUUCUUUCUUUACUUGCUUGUUCUGGAAUUCAGGUAUUUUAAAUCCAAGCAGCCAUCCUCCACUCAUUCCCCUCCUUCUUAUCCUUUCAUUGGCUGUCUCUUCUCUUUCUACAGAAACCGCUACCGUCUUUUGGACUGGUACACCGACCUGUUAUCCCAGUCCCCGUCCCAGACAAUCGUGGUGAACCGUCUCGGAGCGCGACGAACUGUGGUCACAGCCAACCCGGCCAACGUCGAGCACGUGCUGAAGGCCAACUUCAACAACUUCCCCAAGGGCAAGCCGUUCACUGAGAUUCUGGGUGACCUUCUUGGUUGCGGAAUAUUUAACGUGGAUGGCGAGUCGUGGAGCAUACAAAGGAAGUUUGCCAGCCAUGAGUUCAGCACCAAGUCGUUGAGAGACUUCGUCGUGAAGACUCUCCAAGGAGAAGUAGAGAACCGACUGAUACCCGUGCUCGAGGAGGCUGUGAAGAGAGAAAAAAUUCUAGAUCUUCAAGAAGUUUUAAGGAGAUUCGCCUUCGAUAUUGUGUGUAAGGUGUCGUUGGGGACGGAUCCUUGUUGUUUGGAUCUUUCACGGCCAGUGCCACCGCUUGUUAAGGCCUUUGAUAUCGCGUCGGAGAUAAGCGCCAAGCGUGGAAUGGCACCGGUUUUUCUAGUCUGGAAGAUAAAACGAGCUUUGAAUAUUGGAUCGGAGAACAAACUCAAGGAAGCGGUUGAACUCGUUCGUGGUUGUGUUUUAGAUAUUGUGCGAAACAAAAGAAGAGAUCUCGAAGAGAACAACGGAAAAGAAAGAAGCGACGGCGGUGAUCUUCUGACGAGAUUGUUAUUAGCAGGACAUAACGAGGAGUUAGUAAGAGAUAUGGCGAUAAGCUUCAUCAUAGCAGGACGGGACACUACCUCGGCGGCUAUGACCUGGCUCUUCUGGUUGCUCUCUGAACAUCAGAAUGCAGAGAGCCUGAUAAUGAAAGAAGUAGCAUCCUUGCUUCAUGAUGGUGAAAAACAGUUGGACUACCAAGUACUGAAGGAGAUGAAUUUUAUGAAAGCAUGUUUGUGUGAGUCCAUGCGGCUUUACCCUCCGGUAGCGUGGGACUCGAAGCACGCGGUGAAUGACGAUGUGUUACCUGACGGAACUCAGGUAUGGAAAGGUGAUAGGGUGACGUAUUUCCCAUAUGGGAUGGGGAGAAUGGAGGAGCUGUGGGGGAAAGACCAUUUGGAGUUCAAACCGGAGCGGUGGUUGGAAGAACCGGGAGCGCGGGGGGAAAGGAUGGUGAUGAAGGGGGUGAUUCCGUACAAAUUUCCGGUGUUUCAGGCAGGUCCUAGAGUGUGUCUGGGGAAGGAGAUGGCAUUUAUUCAGAUGAAGUACGUGGUGGCUUCGGUAAUUAGUCGAUUCGAGAUCAGACCAGUUUGUGAGGACCGGCCUGUUUUCGUGCCCCUCUUGACGGCUCAUAUGGCAGGUGGGUUUAAAGUUGUUGUCAGGAAAAGGUUCAGUUCCAAGCAGUGAAAUGGCAGGACUAAUCCUCCAAUUUAAAAUCAGCUUAUACUAUAAUAAAGAUUAGUCGAUAUUAAUUACUUGUAUUGUAAAAAAUUAAAAAUAUAUAUUUUAAAAUUAUGUUAAUUUAAUAAAAUAUUAUAAAAAAU